AUGACCGUGGUGGAGAAAGCUGGGAAGAAAGUGAUGGUGGCAAUUGAUGAGAGCAAGUCCAGGUACCAUGCCCUCAUGUGGUUGCUCCAAAAUCUCAGGGAAACCAUCAACAGCUCUGGCAAUCCUCUGCUUAUUUUCAUGGUUCAGCCAUCUCCAGGCACUAAUCCCAAUGUCUUCGCUGCUCCUCUUGCUGAGUAUGUGAAGUCUGUCCAAGAACAGAACAGGGUGGUUUCAAUGGGGAUUUUAGAGAAAGCUAAGGGUAUCAGUACCAGUCAUGGGGUAAAAGCAGAAACAAUAUUAAUAGCAGAGGUUGGGGAUCCUAAAGAGGCAAUUUGUAAUGCAGUUGAAAAUACAACAUCAAUCUACUUAUUUUAG